GGAGCCGACGAGCACAGGAUCUACCGAUCUGCACAGGAAAAUCUACAGCCGGCAAAAUGGUUGAAUGGUCAGACUUCGAGCGCGCCACCAUCCAGGACAUUUUCUCCAAGAUGGAGUAUGAGGUCGUGGGACCUGCAGCUCUUUCCAGGUGUCUGGUCGUUUACCCCUGGACUCAGAGGUAUUUCGGCAACUUUGGAAACCUCUACAACGCCGCUGCUAUCAUUGCGAAUCCGUUGGUCGCAAAACACGGAACAACCAUCCUCCACGGUCUGGACCGGGCUGUGAAGAACAUGGACGACAUCAAGGCCACAUAUGCAGAACUGAGCGUGCUGCACUCCGAGAAACUGCACGUGGACCCUGACAAUUUCAAGCUGUUGUCUGACUGCCUGACCAUUGUGGUUGCUGCAAAGCUGGGUAAAGACUUCACUGGUGAUGUCCAGGCAGCUUUUCAGAAGUUCCUGGCUGUGGUGGUGUCAUCCCUGGGAAGGCAGUACCACUAAGAAGACUAUCACAUGCUGUUUAUUUGUUUAAAAGCUCUUUGUUUUUUUCUCAAAAGCAAAUAAAAAUAAGCAAAUUCAACAA